CGGGGUCCUCGUGGGCUCGGGUCGCGUAGCGUACCCUGCCAUCCGCGUCCCUAUCCACCCGCCCCGUCCCAGUCCCCAGCCCCAGCCCCAGCCCCGACCCUACCCUACCCUACCAUACCCUUCCUGGUGGCGUCGUUCGCCUCGCCCUGCCUUGCCUUGCCUUGCCUUGCCUUCUCCCCCAGCCGAGCCCAGCCGCACCGUCUUCUUCCUCCCACGCCCACGCCCACGCCCCUGGCCCUACCCUACCUCCCCCCUUCCGCAAGGGCCAGAUAGGAUUUGGUAAGGUUCUUCUCGCUGCCGCAGCGGGGACUUGGGGGCCAAGCAAGGAAGGGAGAGGGAGAGGGGGGACGUAACCCGACUCGACUCGACUCGGUUUCCUCGAUUUGUUUCGGCCCGAUUCGUUUCCUGCUGGCCUCGCCCUGUUCGUCGAUUUGAUUUCCGGCGAAUUUCGCUUUCACGAUCGCCGGAUUCCGGGGGGGCAUCCGAUUCGCGAUCGGACCGGGAUUGGGUUCUCGGUCGCGGCGUAGUAAUCCCAUCUCAAUAGGGUAAUCGGCGGAGCAUCGGUUCCUGUCUGGUGCUCCUAGCUCUUGUUGUUUCUCGUCGUCCGCGGCCCGAUCUCCGGGGGGGCGAAUGGCCGACGACGGGCUGGACCGGUGGCGCGGCUUCUUCCGGGGCGCCGGCGUCGGCAUCUGCGAGGUCAUCGAGAAGGCCAUCCUCGUCGCCGCCGCCGACGAGCCGCAGGAGUUCCUGCGCCGCCGCGACCGCAUAGCCGAGAGGCUCUUCAACGCGCUCCUCGCCCGCCCCUCCUGCCACGGCUGCACCGCCAGCACCGGCUCCGUGCCCCCCGCCACGCCCGCCGUCGCCGAGGACAAGGGCAGCGUGCGCCGCGUCCCCGACAAGGAGUGCAAGGUCGAUAGCAGCAGCCUCGGCGCGCCCGGUCGUGGUGGGCUUGGCGGCGGCGGCAGCAUCAGCGAAGACGACGACGACUCUGACUCCGACUCCGAGGACGACGAGCGCCUCCGCCGCGCAGCCGCCAGCAACUACGGCCACAACUAUGAUGACGACAACGACGACGACGAGGAGCAGGACGCGGCCGCACCGGCGGAGGAAGACCACCACGCUGAGGAUGACGACCCGGAGGCUGAGGAGCUCGAGGCCCUCACCAACGAGAUCGAUGAGGAGUCACAGAUCCUUGGGGAGGUCCUCCGCAUCAAGGAGCUCCUCCUGCACAAGCAAGACCAUUCGGAUACUACUCUCUUCGACUCGCUGAGGAGGCUGCAGCUGAUGCAAUUGUCCGUCUCCACUCUUAAGGCUACUGAGAUUGGGAGGGCUGUUAAUGGCCUUCGGAAGCACAGCUCGCAGCAGAUUCGUCACCUCGUGCAGACUCUCAUUGACGAUUGGAAAAUUUUGGUUGAUGAGUGGGUCAGUACUACCAAUGUCGCCCUUGCAGACAACUCCCCAGGAACUUCAAACCCUUCUGUUGUGGAUGAUGAUGAAGAAGAAGAAGGCCUUCCUUCUCCACCUUUGGAUGAAGGAGCAUUCUUUGCACCUGAGACUACUGCCAUUCAACUCUCUGCGUUCUUUGACGAAAUGGAUGAAGAUGGAAACUUGAGACACAACAAUGACGGUCGCCUUGGAAACAAGAGGGAAAACAAUGGCAGAAGGCCUCCAAACUAUUCAACUGUGUCAAAACCUGAACUUACUCGACCUGUUGGGACUGUUGAAAGAGAUCAGUUCAGGAGGCCAGAAUUGACAAGGCAAGAACCACCAAUGAGGCAUACAAACCAGCAAAGGCCUCAAGGUUCAAAUUUGCAAGCCAAGCCCCAUGUCAUGCUCAACAAGCAAUCCAGGCCCCCAAGUUCUGAUUCUGGAUCUAUUAUGAGACCAAUGAAGGCGGCUACUCAACAGAAACCCAUCGGUGAGAUGAAGUACAAACAGACUCAGGAACACUUCGGUGUCGAAAGAAAACCUGCAAUGGGUCAUGUGGAUAAAUCAAGGCUCCGUGCACAGCCUUCAGCAGGAGUCAGGCUAGAAUCGGCAAAGCCGAAGACCCAGGAUGGCUUGGAAAGCAACGGAAGGUUGGAAGCAGCCAAGCGCAGGCUCCAGGAACGUUACCAGGAAGCUGAAAAUGCAAAGAAGCAGCGCACGAUACAAGUAAUGGAGCUGGGCGACAUACCAAAGCCUAAGAGUCAUACCAAGCAACCUAUGGCAAAGUCAAGGAAUAACAUUAGAAGUAGGGUACUCGGCCGGCGCUGAUUCUUGUGUGAUGUUUUUCUUCACCUGAUGAACUGUUGCCAUGUCGAGGUGGUCCAAAGGAAGCAACUGAACUUAGUUGCAAGGACCAAAACCAUAUUUUUGAACAUAAACACCUUCACCUCUGAUGGAGAGUUAUCCUUGAAGUUGCAAGAGUCGUGCUGGAUGCAAUAAGUUAAGCCUUUGCUUUGCAUGCAUUCUCCGCUCUUGCGAUGGGAGCUCAGGAGAGUUUAGUCAUGUCUUGAUAAUCUGAGAGUGGACAUGUAGUAGUUCAUCCUGUAUCGGCUGGUUAAUUUUUCUUCCUCUUUACUCGGGAAGGAAGCUGUAGAUACUCAGAUAGAAUAAUUAUCAAUAUUCGGUACAUUCCAUCUA